ACACAUCAGCACAGAUUCAACCUCUUCUCUCACAGUUUCAGCAUUUUUCAUCCGACCUUCUGAGAUUUCAACCACGAUGUUCGCUAAAAGUCUUCUGCUCAUCUGUGUAACCGUUUUCAUUUGUGCAGAUGCUGAGGACAAGUCCAGGCUCUACAGGAGGCCCUCCUGUGUGGGGAUGACUGUGACUCAGGCCUGUCCUCUGAGUUACUCUCCCGUCUGCGGCACUAACGGCAUCACCUACCCAAACGAAUGCUCCCUGUGCGUGGACAGACUGGAAAAAAGUGUGGACAUUUUGAUAGUGAGGGACGGCCCCUGCUGAUAAUGACAUCGCCUCACUAACCGAUGACAUCGUCCUUGUUCUUCUCAACCAAUGAUGUCAUCCCUUGCAUCUUGGACUACAGUUUGAUUGUAGCUAAUUAGCUGUUAGCGUGUGGCUAACACAUGAAUAAACAUGACUGUAGCUGUAUGUGCUCAUAGUUUAGACACAUCUA